GGAAGAGGCGUUACAAACUUUCGGAGCAUUUUUCAAUAACAUCUCGCUCGUGGGCGUAGCGGAACCUCAAGGGGACAAAUUUAUGACUGUCGAAAACAUUGUGUUGCCGGUUACUCUAAAAAACGACAAGUUUACGGAAUACAUCGGAGAGCCUUACAAUGUGCUCGCUGCGAGCGGAAGCGGAAAUGGAGGUCAAGCGACCUCCCCCCCGAGCCCCUUUAAACCGGAGAACAUCGUAUCACUUACAAACGGGGCAUGUAGCCCGAUAUACACAACAUUCUCCUAUCUCAUGCUCUUCCAAGAGCACGUAAAGACGGCAUCGGUAGGAGGACGUCCACAAAAUGCACAAAUGCAAUCUCUAGGCGGUGUCGAGGUAAGUUCCCCCCGCCAUUCCAUAGCGGUCUAACCUGGUACAAAUACAAAUUUAUACCAAACCCAACUAAACAGGGAGGCCAAGGCCUCGCGGUGGGCGACAUCGCCCAAGCCGCCUUCGUAGUGCUCAGUCUAGUCGACAGCCAGAGCCAAGCACAACCGCC